UUCACCGGUUUCGCUGAAGGUAAAACGUAGAUGACAUCUGAAGGAAGAGGUAUUCAACUGGAAGAUGGAAUAUGUUGACACAACGACCUGACUGGCUGCGGAGGAGGGACAGAUGAAGAUGACCACGCGAGUCUGUUUGAUUUCGGCUAUUUCCGAGCCUGUGUCAACCUGUUCCCGUGAGUUGACGCGGAAUCCCGUCGCUGCGACCAAAUUCAUUCAUCUCGCUAUUUCAGAGAGAACUUGACGGAAAAUACCUGAUGUCCAGUCACGGACGCGGCAGUGAGGAAGGACGUGGCCCCCCAUCUCAGUCCGGGAAUUUGUCUAAUCCUUAAGAACUACUCUGUUUACAGGGAACACAUUUAACACAGCUUUAAUGGGACUUAAACUUGUUGAAGAUAUGACAAUAGCAUUUUAAGCGGCAGUUGAUGGAAGCGUUUUGGGGACACUGCGCUCUGUGACAAGGUGUCAACAAGCAAUAGUCUUUGUUCAUUCAUAUCCCCCACCGGCACAACGACACACACUCCACCGUGGUGGUCAGUACCACAACCCUCCAGUGUCACCGGCUGGCAUUUCAAAUUGCACCAGGCAAAACGGAUAUGCAACAAGUAGUUGGUGUGAAGUUUCGCACUGCGGGGACGCAUACCACGAACCGCUGGAUAUACGCAGUGGCAAGAUAGGAUCAGGAUUUAAUAGUGAGUUUCUUGUACGUUGAGUGAGCGUAUAAGCCGGUCAUCGGUUACAUGGACCCACUGCAAGCGCCAUGACUUGAAGUGAAUGUCACGUCGGGGACAUAUGCAUAACAUGCCGAGGUAGGGGGACGUUGAUGUUGGAUUCAGCUGACCAGGGGUUACGUACAGGGGAAAGCUACAUCUAUUAAGUGAGGGAAAGGCGAGCGGUGACAAAGUACCCCUAGCUAUAGGCUUGACAGCCACGAGGAAGGAUAACGGUACGUUGUGUACGAAGUAGGUCUUGUGUAACGACCUCAGUUGACGGCUGUGUGUGUUGAUGUGUACACGAGAGUAAAAGCGUGGAGAGUACGGGCGCAGAGGAUUGUCACAACAUGCUCGGACUUGGGAAAUACGAAGGGAUUGUAUGCAAAUGAUUCGGUGUAAAAUUACACUUAAAGAGGGCGAAAAUUCUCAGUCUUAAUCACAUGUUCCCGUCGUUGCGAUUUGCUGCUAGCCAAUCGCUGCCCGCUGUGCACAGCGAGAAGGAGAAUAUAUGAGCUAUAUAUAGUCGAGGGCCUCAUUCUCCGGGGUAUCCCUCUGUCGCUCAACAGGACAGAGAUAACGCUGUCACUCAUAGGUUCAUCACCAUCUCAAGAGUGGACACACCGCUAGCAUCACCCUGGCCGACUCGUGGAUAGAGAACCUCUUUGAGGGGGUGAGGAUGGAGGAUUUCUUACCCCUCGUCUCCAGUCUUGAACGCGAGCAGUUCACCCUCCAGCGACUCAAUUCAGCCGGGGAGGAAAGUGACGCCAGCAGCCUUGACGACUUACGGAGUCACAGUCCAUCGUCGUCGGUGUGGAGCUUGGAGAGCCUUGACGAUGACGUGUAUUUGGACUAUCUGUUCAGCCAGGGCCUUGUGGACGCUGUGGAAAAAAAUGGGGUAAGCACCCCCAAGGCACCCCCUAUGUGUCAAGCACCCCCUGUAAUUCAUCAGCCAGUAACGCCGGUCCCCGUUGUCUGUGAUUCUUCUGUGAACAGUGUACCUUAUUGUACUCAAAAGCCAAUAGCACCACCACCCAGAGAAGCUGAGCCGGCAGAGGAAACGUUUACCGUGCCAACAAGUAACAAUGACUUUGUGGUGCUGGGUGUAGGCUUGCAAAACCUCAUGCAUAACUAUGCAAGCAAAGCAGCGUUUGCAGAACCCCACCGUCAGCCUGCCUUACCCCCACAACAUACCCUCCAUCACCCCCAUCCAUCCCUGCUGCAGCGACAGGUGAACUACGGUGCUCUAGCCCAGGUUUCCCAGACCGGUCACUACAGACUUCCUACCAAUGGUGCCAAGUCAUUGCUGACACAAACAAGUAUUCUAGAGGACGUUAAGAUCAGAACGCUGAAGACACCGUCCCCCAAACUCCCAAAUCAUGCAAAGGGGGAUCGUUUAGAGGACAAAAUAUACCACUGUACCUAUGCAGGGUGUAACAAAGUGUAUAGCAAGUCAUCGCAUCUAAAAGCCCAUCUUCGUCGUCAUACAGGUGAAAAACCAUUCGAGUGCACGUGGCCAGGUUGUGGAUGGAGGUUCUCGAGAUCCGACGAACUUGCCCGUCAUAAACGCUCUCAUUCCGGGAUUAAACCAUAUCAGUGUAAAAUCUGUGAGAAGAGAUUUUCACGUUCAGACCAUCUCUCGAAACAUUUGAAAGUUCAUAGGAAACGUUAGUACGGUAAUAGUGUGGAAGUAUGUUCAUCCGGAGCCUGUGACGUCAGCCGUAACCAUGGAAGCAUGAAGCGCAACCGGAGAAAGUGUCACGUUAAUGGACAUAUUAAAGGAGACGAGAGAAAUGUGUUGUUUAUGUAGAAUGUCAUGUCGGGUGACAAGUCCCGUAAACUGCAACCGCCUGGAACGAUAUAGCACUUUAGCGGUGUGUCGAGCUGAGCGAGGGUGUGGGGCUGUGGAGCCGGGCAUGGCUGAGGGCUGAACGGUAAUGGCGACCAGCGUUAAGGACGUCGGUCUAUAUCAGUUUGUGAGAGACUUAUAAACUCUUAUUCACAUAUCAAAUCAUUGUUCAAUGCUUAAAAGUAUUUGCCCUUUAUAUAUAAUGUUGUGGCGUGUUCUACAAAGUGUGAUUAUGAACCGAUUAACUGUUGAUUUUGUGAGAGAAGUGACGUUAUUAUAAACGCUCCAAUGGACGUGCCCCAAGUGUCUUUGGGAGUUGUGGCGACGUUAAUACUGCGAUGCACGGCACGUAGACUAGAUUGAGUUUAUCAACCUGAAGUCGGUUGAGGUCACCUAAUGAUGCAGGUAUCUGCAGAUCAAAGGUAUACAGGUGAGCGUUGAUCAUGACGCCACCUAGCGGGCAGGGACAAAGUGUAAUUGAUCGGCAAAAGGACCCUUAUCGACAUUUUAUAUUCAUAUAUAUUCCACAUUGUGUCACAUAAACUCGGGUUAUUUUUGUGUGAAGGUUUCCAAUGCGUUUCUUUGAUAUGUUGUGAGGACAUCGUCUCGACUUCGAAUACGUGGUUGCAGGAGAAUUUCGGCCUGCUUCAUGCCCCGUGACCUCUAACCUCGCACGCGCCGCGACAUCCGUGCCACGAGGACGAGUGUGGGUUUGGGCUGGGUGCAAGGCGAGUAGCAAGCGGGGACUGCCACGUUCUUCCAGCUCAAACUUUGACGUGUUUACAAAUAUUUACUUGACGAACAUUGUCUCUCCUGCUCCGUGCGACGUAUACCCGCGGGGACAGUUCACGUUUAACUUAAAGAUAUUCAUCAACGUCAUCGAUCACCAGAGAAUGCUGAGCAGCCUUUAUUUUCUUUAAACUUUAUUGAAUUAUAUAUUUAGUAGACGUUUUAGUGAACUAUUUUUAACAUUCCUGGCACUUGUUCAAUGAAAUGUUAUUUUUAAAUGAAAACUGUGUCCUGUUUUCUAUAAUGGAAUAUGAAGUUCAAUUACAAUGGAAUCAGGUCAGUGUCACGCCUAAUUACUAAUAUUAGUAAUAUACUACUCACGCUUUGCUAAGGAUCACAAACAAUCACAACUUUACUUAAACGUAGAUUUAUAAUUUGAAAUUGCAUCCAUUUAAAACUGGAUAAAUAAUAAUAUGGUAACCCCUCUUUAGGCAAACAGUCACUUUAAUCUAACCUUAUGCACUUGAGACAUGAGUAACCAUAACAAUGGUUUUCAUGGCACCAAUCAACCAUUUAGCAAAUCAUGGAACGGGUCAUUAACAAGUACACAACACCAGUCAAUAGCAGGUAUGGGUUCC